GCGGAGCUGGGAUACAGUGCUCUGCUCACAAGCAGCUCUGUUGUUCCCCCCCACAAAAGGGAAAUGAUUUGGUGAUGGAGUGCUUCAACUGACCGAUGGACCCUCAGGAGAGCAGCCCAGCCGCGGCAGAAGGAGCCAGAGAGAGGGGCCUGGUCCGCGUUUGGUCGGCGAGUUCGGGCCGCGCGACCCCCGAGAGGCUCCGGGGCUGGGGAGGAAAGACCGUUCUCCAAGCAGCCCUCGGGGUCAAUCACGGCGUUCUCCUCACCGAAGACGGCGAAGUGUACAGCUUCGGACAGCUGCCCUGGAAGGUCGAGGCGGAGGGAGCGCGGCCGAGCGGCCCCGUCCUAGAAGAUGCCCUGGCCGGGCAGCGCGUGGUCACCGUGGCAACGGGCAGCUUCCACAGCGGGGCCGUCACGGAGGCCGGCGCCGUGUACAUGUGGGGGGAGAACGGGGCGGGCCAGUGCGCCGUGGCCGAGCUGGCCCGCGUGGCCGAGCCCAGCCUCGUGGCCCUGGAGGACCCCGAGCCCGGGCCGCCGCUGCCCGUGCGCGUCCUGCAGCUGGCCUGCGGCGAGGAGCACACCCUGGCCCUGUCCAUCAGCCGGGAGGUCUGGGCCUGGGGCACGGGCUGCCAGCUGGGCCUGCUGACCGCCUCCUUCCCCGUGACCCGGCCGCAGAAGGUGGAGCACCUGGCCGGCCGGGUGGUCCUGCAGGUGGCCUGCGGCCUCUCCCACAGCCUGGCCCUGGUCCAGUGCCCGCCCGCCCGGGACCGGAGGCCGCUCCCCGAGCGAUGCCGCCACUGCAGCCAGCUCCUCAUCACCAUGACGGACAAAGAGGACCACGUCAUUAUAUCGGACAGUCACUGCUGCCCUCUGGGAGUGGCCCUCCCCGACGUCCAGGAGGACGGCGGCCCCGCGCUGGGGCCGCCCGACGGGGGAGGUCCGGCCGAGGGCCGGGGAAGCAGCCCAGUUGGAGGAGAAACCGAACCCCGGCCGCCAGAAGUGACGCCGGACACCGACGAGGCGCUGCGGAAGGUGUCGGAUCCCUCAGGAAGAGAGGAUGCUGGGAAAGGAGCCAAUGGAGAGCCGGCUCAGUUUCAACCCCUUGCGGAAGAAGCGAGCCCCAGCCCCCCGACGCUGGGCCCGUCCGCCCUCAACAGCCUGGUGAUGUCCUGCGCCUCGGCCGUGGGGGUCCGCGUGGCCGCCACCUACGAAGCCGGCGCCCUGUCGCUCAGGAAGGCGAUGAACCUUCCCGGGGGCGAGGCGGGCUCGCCGGCGGGCCCCGACGGGCCCAGGGACUGCCGGGAGGAGCGGGUCAGGCUGGACUCGCUGCAGGGCAAGAAGAGCUCCAGCCUCGUGGACGUCAGGGAGGAGGAAACCGAGGGCGGCAGUCGCAGGCUGUCCCUGCCCGGCUUGCUCUCCCAAGUGUCCCCCAGGCUCUUGAGGAAGGCGGCGCGGGCCAAGCCGCGGACGGUGGUGCUGACCCCCACGUACAGCGGCGAAGCGGACGCGCUGCUCCCGUCGCUGAGGACGGAGGUGUGGAGCUGGGGGAAAGGGAAGGAAGGCCAGCUGGGUCACGGGGACAUCCUGCCCAGGCUUCAGCCCCUGUGUGUAAAAUGCCUAGACGGGAAAGAAGUCAUCCACCUGGCCGCCGGAGACCACCAUUCCCUGGCCCUCACAGCCAAAUCCCAGGUUUUCUCCUGGGGAAGCAAUACCUUUGGGCAGCUGGGACACUCGGAAUCUCCAACCACAGUUCCUCGUCUUGCACAGGUGUGCGGUGAAAACCGCGUCUGGAGUAUCGCCGCCGGCCAGGAUUUCUCCCUCUUCCUAGUGGACACGGAAGACUUCCAGCCUGGAUUGUAUUACAGCGGCCGGCAGGACUCUUCGGAAGGCGACGGUGGCCCGGAGAACGCCGCCACCACAAAGCCCCCCAGGCUGCUGACGUCUUGCAGCAAGCUGGGCUACAUCAGCAGUGUGGCCGCCGGCAGGGACAGCUUUCUCACCCUGGUCGACAAAAACAUCAUGGGCUACAUCGCCAGCGUGCAUGAGCUGGCUGCUACGGAAAGACGAUUCUAUUCCAAGCUGAGCGCCGUCAAAUCCCAGGUCCUCCGACCUCUUCUCGGUUUAGAUAACUUGGGCGCCCCAGCCGCAGUCCAGCUCCUUCAAGAGGUGGCCAGCAGGUUCAGCAAGCUGUGUUACCUGAUUGGGCAGCAAGCGGCCUCCUUGAGCAUCUUCCUCCGCGGGAUCAAAGAAGUGCGGAGCCUGGCGGUCCUGAAGCAUGCAAGUCUCUUCUUGGAUAGUUACACAGAGUACUGCACGGCUCUGACCAAUUUCAUCGUCAUGGGAGGAUUCCAGCUCCUCGCCAAACCGGCCAUGGACUUCUUAAAUAAAAACCAGGAGCUGUUGCAGGAGCUGUCGGAGACGAAAGACGGGGACGUCCAGCUGUUGGAGAUGCUGAAUGCCUUAUUCUUCCUGCCAAUCCGGCGGCUUCAUAACUAUGCCCGAGCUCUGCUGAAGCUGGCUACAUGUUUUGAGGUGGCCUCUCCGGAGUACCAAGCCCUGCACGAUGCCAGUUCCUGCUACGAAACCCUCGCCCUCCACCUUGGCAGGAAAAGGAAGGAAGCCGAGGCCACACUGAGCUUCUGGAAGACAUUCCCCGGAAAGAUGACGGACUCCUUGAGGAAGCCGGAGCGCAGGCUAAUCUGCGAGAGCAGCAAUCGAGCGCUGGCCCUGCAGCAUGCCGGGAGAUUCUCCGUGAAUUGGUUCAUUCUCUUUAACGACGCCUUGGUCCACGCCCAGUUCUCCACCCAUCACAUCUUCCCCCUGUCCACUCUGUGGGUCGAACCUAUCUCAGAAGACGGCAACAGCCCGAACGGCCUGAAGGUGACGACGCCGGAGGAACAGUUCACCCUCAUUUCCUCCACCCCGCAGGAGAAGACCAAGUGGCUGCGGGCGCUGAGCCUGGCGGUGGACCAGGCCCUGAGGGGAGCGGCCGACGUCCCCCCGUACGGCAGCGGUGCCCCGCGGCCGGACCCUCCCGCCUCCCGCAGCGCCGCGUACACUUUCUACAAGGCCUCCCGCCUCAAGGAAGCCACCUACGAGGGCCGCUGGCUCUCCGGGAAGCCCCACGGCAGAGGGGUACUGAAGUGGACCGACGGGAAGAUGUACUCCGGUAUGUUUCGGAAUGGCCUGGAAGACGGAUACGGGGAAUAUAAAGUCCCGAACAAAGCCCUUAACAAAGAAGACCACUACAUCGGAUACUGGAAAGAGGGAAAAAUGUGCGGACAAGGAGUUUACAGCUACGCCACGGGCGAAGUGUACGAAGGCUACUUCCAGGACAACGUCCGCCACGGCCACGGGCUGCUGCGCAGCGGCAAGCUGACCUCCACCUCCCCCAGCAUGUUCAUCGGCCAGUGGACCAUGGACAAGAAGACCGGAUACGGCGUCUUCGACGAUAUCACCAGGGGAGAAAAGUACAUGGGCAUGUGGCAAGAUGACAUGUGUGAAGGCAACGGUGUGGUCGUCACUCAGUUCGGACUCUAUUACGAAGGCGCCUUCAGCCUCAACAAAAUGAUGGGAACUGGAAUCUUGCUCUCUGAAGAUGAUACAGUCUACGAGGGAGAGUUUUCGGACGACUGGACCCUCAAUGGAAAGGGGACGCUGACCCUGCUGAAUGGAGAUUACAUCGAAGGCCAUUUUAGCGGAGAAUGGGGAUCUGGGAUCAAAAUCACCGGCACCUACUUCAAACCCAGCCUGUACGAGAGCGAUAAGGAGCGGCCCAAAGCCGUGAAGCUGGGAAGCCUGGCCGUGGGGGCGGACGAGAAGUGGACGGCGGUGUUUGAGGAGUGCUGGCGUCAGCUGGGCUGCGAGUCUCCCGGCCAGGGGGAGAGCUGGAAGGCCUGGGAUAACAUCGCCGUGGCCCUGACCGCCAACCGGCGCCAGCACCGGGACAGCCCCGAGAUCCUAAGUCGUUCGCACACCCAGACGCUGGAGAGUUUGGAAUUCAUCCCGCAGCACGGCGGGGCCUUCACGGUGGAGAAAUACGAAGACAUCAAGAGGUAUCUAAUGAAGGCCUGCGACACCCCCCUGCACCCUCUGGGGCACCUAGUAGAGACCCUGGUGGCAGUGUACAGGAUGACUUACGUGGGCGUGGGGGCCAACCGGCGAUUACUGCAGGAGGCGGUCAGAGAGAUCCAGUCCUACCUGAAGCGCAUCUUCCAACUUGUCAGGUUCCUGUUUCCCGACCUUCCCGAGGAGGGCAGCACGAUUCCACUCUCCUCCAGCGUCCCACCGGAGCGGAAAUCCUUCUGCCCGGGCAGAGCCGAUUCCAGAUCCGAAUCCCCAGAGCCGGGCUACGUGGUGACGAGCUCCGGGCUGCUGCUUCCCGUGCUGCUGCCUCGGCUCUACCCCCCGCUCUUCACGCUGUACGCCCUGGACAACGAGCGGGAGGAAGACGCCUACUGGGAAUGCGUCCUGCGCCUCAACAAGCAGCCCGACACGGCGCUCCUCAGCUUCCUGGGAGUGCAGCGGAAGUUCUGGCCUGACAACGUGUCGCUCCUCGGAGACAGCAGAAAGGUGCAGCCGACCACGAAGGAGGCCUGUUUUGCCUCCGCGGUGGAGUGUCUGCAGCAGAUCAGCACGACCUUUACUCCGUCGGACAAGUUGAAGGUGAUCCAGCAGACCUUCGAGGAGAUCUCUCAGAGCGUCCUGGCGUGGCUCCGAGAAGACUUCCUGUGGUCCAUGGACGACCUGUUUCCCGUGUUCCUCUACGUGGUCCUCCGGGCCAGAAUCCGCAAUUUGGGCUCGGAAGUCCACCUGAUCGAGGACCUAAUGGACCCCUACCUGCAGCACGGGGAGCAGGGCAUCAUGUUCACCACCUUGAAGGCCUGUUACUACCAGAUCCAGCGAGAGAAACUGACCUAGAGCCCGGAGAGGCCAAGCGGGCGCCUGCAGCCGACGCCGACGAGGUGACCCCGGGCGGCUGAGGAGCCGGGGGGACCGCAGCCGGAGCCUCCCACCCCUGCUUCUUGGCCAGAGGGCUGGGUGGAGGGCAGGGCGGCCGGCUGGGGCCCGGCUUCCUCGGGAGAACAUCCCCUCCCACCCACCGGCCCCCUGGUUCAAGCUGGACACCCGUCCGAAGAAGGGAUUCCUCUUCCCGGAAUAUCCCGGGGCAGAGACGUGGCAGCCUCUGGGAUCACCAGGGUGGGCGCGGAUUCCACCCCUCUGUUCUGCACUGGAGGAGGGAAGUGGUGUCCCGGUGGGAAUGGUGACUUCCUGGAGUUCCUUGCUUCAGCUCCAUGACCCCCCACAACGCUUCCUUCCCUUCCUCCCUCCGCUGCCCCCUGACCGAUCUUCCUCUGGGAUCGGAUUGUCCCUUAAAGCCACGCGUGUCUUCUUGACGUCCACCGAUCGCGAGGCCCCAAGUGUCUUUUUAUUAGGGGUGGAGAGGAAUUUUAAUCUGGUGUUUUAACGUCAUCUCCAAGGCUCCCC